ACAGAGGGAACAGAAGAUGAAGUACAUCAUUGGCAUUGGAGGCAUGACCAAUGGAGGAAAAACCACACUGACCAAUAGACUCAUGAAAACAUUACCAAACUGCUGUGUGAUCCACCAGGAUGACUUUUACAAGCCACAAGAUCAAAUAGAAGUCGGGGAAGACGGCUUUAAGCAAUGGGACGUGUUGGAGUCUUUGGACAUGGAGGCCAUGCUGAACACGGUCCUCGCGUGGCUGAACAACCGCAUGAAGUUUGCCCACACCCAUGGGGUCAACGUCCAACCCAACUCCCAGGAGUCUGGCUCCGAUGACACCCACAUCCUCAUACUGGAAGGUUUCCUGCUCUACAGUUACAAGCCCUUGUUGGAUUUGUACAGUCGCCGUUACUUUUUGGCCAUCCCAUAUGAGGAAUGCAAGAGGAGGAGAAGUACCCGCAACUAUAAGGUCCCUGACCCUCCAGGUCUCUUUGAUGGCCACGUUUGGCCCAUGUACCUGAAAUACAGGCAGGAGAUGGACAACAAUGGUGUGGAUGUAGUGCAUCUGGACGGGCUGAAAUCCAGAGAUGAGCUUUGCCAUCAAGUCCUAGAAGACAUCCAGAAUACACUCUUAAACUGCUCUUAG